UUACAUCAAAGUUUCUCAUUUUAAUAAGGUGUACACAUUUGGUUGUAACGAUGAGGGAGCUCUUGGUCGAGUAACAGAUGGGAAAGAAGAAGCCGAAUUUAAGCCAGACAAAGUUGAAUUAACUGAAAAAGUGGUCCAAGUGUCUGCUGGAGAUUCUCAUUCUGCAGCACUAACAGAAACCGGGAAAGUCUUCAUGUGGGGAAACUUUAGGGAUUCCAGUGGUUCAAUAGGCCUCACCUCCUUUGGUCCCCAAAAGAAACCUGUCCCGAUACUUCCAGAGGUCACUGUAGUGAAGAUUGCUUCAGGCAGUGAUCAUUUGGCCUUGUUGGCCAAUGAUGGCAAGCUUUACACUUGUGGUUGUGGUGAACAAGGCCAACUUGGACGUAUUCCCCAGUAUUUCAGUGCACGAGGAGGCCGAAAGGGGCUAGGUUAUAUGUUGAACCCUGCCCAAGUUAAAGUUUCAAAGAGACAAGGCCGUGGUUAUGUUGACUUUGAUGAUGUUUGGACUGGUUCCUAUGUAACAUUUUGUCGGGAGAAAGAUAGUGGUGACAUCUAUGGCUUUGGACUGAAUAACUUUUACCAACUUGGUUUUGGUGACCCAGAGUCUCGUUUGUCCCCUGAAUUUAUUCAGUCCUUCUGGGGUAGAAGGUGGCAGUCUAUCAGUAGUGGCCAACACCAUACAAUAGCUCUAGAUGAUACUGGAUCUGUUUUUACCCUCGGAAGAAAGGAAUAUGGACGUUUGGGUCUUGGAGAGGACUGUCAUGAUCAAAGUUCUCCAACACUUGUUCCAGACCUGAAGGAAGUUGUGUGUUCUAAUAUAGCUGCUGGUAAUCUUGUAUCUUAUGCUGUAUCACAAAAUGGUGAUGUAUAUUCUUGGGGAAUGGGAACCAAUGGUCAGCUUGGACAUGGUGAUGAGGAUGAUGUUUUUAGCCCCCAAAAAAUUGGAGGAAAAGUAAUAUCCAGCAAAAAAUGUUUUAUAGUAUCGAGUGGAGGGCAACACACAAUAAUGGUUGCUGAUGAGCCAGCUUGUGUUCCUAAUAAUGAUAAGAAAUGACCUUAUUUUAAUUUUAGUGCCUUUUAUAUGUGAAAUGCAAGUAGAUUUUAAGACAAUGGAGAACUUAAAUGAAACUGUACUAUACAGGUUUGAAAAUUAAAUAAUUGUGUUCCU